AUGCAAAGCAGGUUGAGUGCCCCCUCCUCCUCCUCCUCCUGUACCCUCCUCUUCUUCCUCUUCCCUUUCCUCCUCUUGCUCUUUUCUGUGCCGGCUGUGGUCCAUGGUGACUGCUGGCUUAUUGAAGGAGAUAAGGGUUACGUUUGGUUGGCCAUCUGUAGCCAAAACCAGCCGCCGUAUGAGACAAUUCCUCAGCACAUCAACAACACGGUGCAUGACCUGCGACUCAAUGAAAACAAGCUCAAGGCUGUGUUCUUCGCCUCGUUGAGUCGGUUCACCAACCUGACUGACCUGAACCUUACCAAGAACGAGAUCUCCUACAUCGAGGACGGCGCUUUUGCCGGACAGGCCAAUCUGCAGGUGCUGCAGUUGGGCUAUAACAAACUGACCAACCUGACGGAGGGCAUGCUGCGGGGUCUGGGGCGUCUGCAGUGCCUCUUUCUGCAACACAAUCUCAUCGAGGUCAUUGCCACCAACACCUUCUGGGAGUGUCCUAGCCUCAGUAGUCUGGACCUGUCCUCUAACAAGUUGGCCCAGUUGGAUCCAUCUACGUUCGGUGUGCUGGGCAGGCUGAUGGUGUGUGAGCUGGCUGGGAAUCCUUUCCACUGUGGCUGUGAGCUCUACGGCUUCCUGACUUGGCUGGAGUCCUUUAACAAUGUCACUCAUACCUACGACCGGCUGCAGUGCGAGACACCACGGGAGUUGUUUGGCUAUCCUUUGUUGAGUCCAGUUGCAGGCCAUGGACGAAGUGCACGUAACAUCCUCUCCUCCAUGUGUCGAGAUGGAGUGUUCAUCCCCGGAAUGACUUCCCUUCCUCCAGAUUUAGACUCCUCAGGAAUGGGGCCAGACAUGUUUGAUCGUACAGGGUCAUUCCAACAGCCAACAACCUCAUCCUCCUCUUCAGAAAACACGUACGGCCCCAGUAUCAAGCUCCAGCACGUGUCCCUCUCGACAGCCUCCCUGCUUGUGCAGAUUCCUCGGCCUUACAGCAAGAUGUACAUUUUGGUGCAGUACAACCAGAGCUUCGUGUCUGACGUCAUGAACCUGAAGAACAAGAAGGAGCUGAUAACCCUCAAAAAGCUCAAGCCUGACACUAAUUACACAUUCUGCGUGGCCUCUAUACGCAACUCUCAGCGCUACAAUCAUACAUGCCUGUUCUUCGCCACACGGGCUCCCAACCCAGAUGACUUGCUACCCACUCCAUCUACCACAACCCACUACAUAAUGACCAUUGUGGGAUGCUUGUUUGGGAUGCUCAUUGUCUUGGGACUGGUUUAUUAUUGUUUGCGGAAGCGUCGGAUACAGGAGGAGAAAGACAAGUCCAUUUGCGUGAAGAAGACCAUCCUGGAAAUGCGCUACGGGCCGGAGGUCGCAGCGGCAGCAGCAAAUGACCCCACGGCCAUUCAGAAGCUCCAUGAGCAGGCUCACCACCAGCAUCACCACAGUAAACUACCCAUGUCCUCCUCCUCAAGCUCGGGAAUGCUCGGUCAUGCCUCUGCGAACACCAGCUCCUCACGCCUGUCUUCCAUCCCACAGGUAGAGAAGAUGGCCACUGCGUUUUCUGAAGCCAUGGCCACUAAGGGCAACUACAUGGAUGUGAGGACCUCCAGUGCUGGAGAUGAGAGAGGCAGGGAUGGAGGUGCUGGCCAAGUUAUCAGGGAGGGAGACUUCAGGGAGGAGGACGAGAGUGACCCAGGAGAUGAUUCGGAUGAUGAUGGUCGAGGCUCUGCAUCCGAGAUAUCCACCAUUGCCAUGGAAGUUGACAAGGUAAAUCAGAUCAUCAACAACUGCAUCGACGCCCUGAAACUGGACUCUGCCAUCGUUGCUGCAGCCACUACUACAGCAGCAACCACAGCCGCAGUGAACCCCACCUCUCCUCCACCCACCUGCACAUCCUCCUUGACCAAGGGACUGAUCCCACUCUCCCCUGGUGUCACUGAGACCUGCCAAGUCCUCCCUUCACCCAAAAUCCCUCCUCCCCCACCUCUGCCUUUUUCUGCAUCCCUCACAGAGAGGCCUGGAAUAUCUGGAGGGGGCUUUGUAUCACCCCCUUACCGCCCUCCUCCACCAGCAACUGCAGUGCGACCAAUCCAGAGACAGAUGAGCGCUGACGCAGCUGUCAUCAUCAGCUCUUCCAAGAAGCACUGUGGAAGCGCUGGUAAAGGAGGUCGCGUUUACAGCCUAGAUGUUCCAGAGCCCUGCAGCCCAGAUCCCUGCCAGUACCCGGAAAAGGGCAGCCCUGUGGGGUGUGGCGAGCCCAUGGAGCGGCUCCCCCUGGUGGGUAGUAGUGGUAGUGGCAAUGCUGGCUGUAGUAUGGAUGGAGGUACUGCAGAUGGGAUGGCUUUGCAGCAGCACCUGGAGGUUCACCCAGACUACCAUUGCUCAGAGCAUCGGCACUCUGUCCCUGCUCUUUACUAUGAGGGUUCCCACGACUCCCUUGCUCAAAGGGCCUCCUUUCUCAAACCGUUAACCCGCACCAAGAGAGACACUACUUCCUACUCCCAACUCUCGCCUCGCCACCACAAUUACUCAGGCUACUCUUCAAGCCCUGAGUAUUCUUCAGAGAGCACACUUCGCAUAUGGGAGCGAUUGCGUCCGUAUAGGAAGGGCCCACGCGAAGAGGCCUGUUAUGUCACUGCCGGAAAUGCCUUGCGCAAGAAGGUCCAGUUUGCCAAGGGUGAGGACUUGCACGAUAUCCUUGACUACUGGAAGGGUGUGUCAGCACAGCAAAAGCUGUGA